AUGGAAGCUAAGGGCGCCUUAGCCGAUGUUGGAGCAAGUGUUAGUUUGAUCCCUCUAUCCAUUGUUCAAAAACUUAAUAUUGAGAUGAUCCCCACAAGGAAAACAAUUCAAUUGGCCGACCGUUCGGUGAAGCUUCCUUGUGGUGAGCUUGAAGAUGUCCCUAUUAAAGUUGCGCAUAUCUAUGUGCCUUGUGAUUUUGUAGUGAUGGAUAUGGAAGAAGAUGUGGAUACUCCCUUGAUUUUGGGCCGUGAAGCUCUUAAGACCUUGGGGGCGUUUCCCCCUACUACUUCCGUUACGGGAGUGAGAGCCUUUCUUGGGCAUGCCGGUUUUUACCGGAGGUUUAUCAAGAAUUUUUCAUCAAUCGCCAAACCUUUGACCGAAUUACUCAAGAAAGAUGUUGUGUUCAAUUCUGAUGGGGAUUGUCUUGAGGCAUUCAAAAAACUCAUGGAAGCCCUCAUUUCUUCUCCUGUUGUGCAAGCUCCGGAUUGGAGCUUGCAUUUUGAGCUAAUGUGCGAUGUGAGUGAUUUUGAAGUAGGUGCGGUUCUUGGGAAAAAAAAAAAAGGAAGAUCUCAUGUCAUUUACUAUGCAAGUAGAACACUUGAUGAAGCUCAAAUGAAUUACACAACAACGAAGAAGGAAAUGCUUGUCGUUGUGUUUGCCAUGGACAAGUUUAGGUCCUAUCUCAUAUGUUCCAAGGUGAUUGUGUACACGGAUCACAUAGUGGUCUGCUACCUUAUGACCAAGAAGGAAGCAAAAUCGCGUCUCAUCCGUUGGGUACUUUCGCUCAAAGACUUUGACAUGGAAAUGAGGGAUAAAAAGGGACCGGAGAAAUAUGUAGCGGAUCAUUUGUCUAAGGUUCCUUUUGAGUAUAAGGAGGAUGUGCCAAUCAAUGAGGAUUUGGAAUUUGAAACCCUCAUGGCUAUGGCUUCAAAGUCUAGCCCUUGGUACGCGAACAUAGCCAACUAUCUCGCUUGUGGAGUCGUUCCUCCGGAGCUCUCCUCUCAACAAAAGAAGAGAUUUUUCAAGGAAGUGAGGAGGUAUUUCUGGAAUGACCCUUACUUGUUCAAGCAAUGUGGAGAUGGCCUUUUCCAGAAAUAUGUUCCGGACCAUGAGAUCGAAGGAGUUCUUGAGCAUUGUCACUCAUUGCCGUGUGGAGGACAUGGGGGUGUAGAAAAGAUGGUGGCGAAGAUCUCUCAAUCUCUUCUAUGGUGGCCAACAAUGCACAAGAAUGGCCACAAGUUCCAUUCAAGGUGUGACAAAUGCCAAAGAAGUGGUGGCAUAACCAAAAGGGAUGACAUGCCAGAACAAAACAUUUUGGAGGUGGAGCCAUAUGAUGUUUGGGGUGUCGACUUCAUGGGGCAUUUUGUCUCUUCUUGUGGAAACCUAUAUAUCUUGGUGGUAGUGGACUAUGUGACCAAAUGGAUUGAAGCUAUACCCUCCCCCACCAACGGCCACAAGAUUGUGCUCAAGCUUCUUAAGAAGGCCACAUUCCCGCGAUUUGGGGUUCCUAGGGUGCUAAUCAGUGAUGAAGGUUCUCAUUUUGCCAAGAAAUAA